AUGAGUAUGUCAUUUUGGAAUGGGGUUUCACUUAGCUUGCAAGUAUUUAAACCUUUAGUUAAGGUGAUUCGCCUUGUUGAUGGAGAAAGAAGACCUUCAAUGGGUUUCAUAUAUGGAGAGUUACAAGAAGCAAUGAAGGAGAUCAAAGAGGUAUACAACAAUCAAGAGGCAAAUUAUGCUCCAAUCUUAAAGAUUAUGGAUUCAAAAGCUCGUGAUCGACUUGAUGGUCCAUUGCACUCGGCGGCUUACUUCCUGAACCCUUAUUACUUCUUCAAAUAUGAAGCCAUAUGUUUGAAUGGAGAUGUCAUGCAAGGUUGUAUUUGUUGUUCCGAGCACUUCUUUCUCGAUGAUGACCAAUCCCAAAAAACCCUCAUAAACGUUGAGUUGCCUAAGUAUAGAAACAAAGAAGUUGUGUUUGGGAGAAAUUUGGCUAAAUUGAGAUGCGCCAAGAAAGAUUUUGAUGAGGAGAAGGCACAGAUCGAUCUGAGCAAUAAGACAGAGUCUUGCAAAUUGCCGGAAGAAAUGACCAUGCAAAUCCUAUCAAGACUACCUCCCCAAUCUCUCAUGCGAUUCAAGAGCGUCCACAAGUCCUGGGAUACUAUGAUUAACAAUCCCAGAUUCAUAGCCAUACACCUAUCCAAUUCCAUGAAUAAUCAUUCCUCCACUUGUGUCCUUUGCAAGCUACCGGCGGUCGACGAGAACAACAACACAAGAGGCAAUGACGAGAAGGAAACUGUAUUCUCGUUGCUUACAUUUUGCAAUGAUGAUGAUGAUGAUCCGAAUGAGCAUAUCAUUCAUUAUGUUGGCGAUGAUAUUACAAAGAAUCAAUCAGUUGGGUUCACGGCCAAGGAUCUAGAAUCUCUUUGGAUUCUAGGCCAUUGUGAUGGAAUUAUUUGCCUCACUGAUUUUAGUAUCGUAAUUUUAUGGAAUCCAGCGAUUAGGGAAUCCAAGCUCCUUAAUCUUGAGCCUUAUUCGGAUCAGGUCAUGUCUUCUUUUGGGUUUGGUUAUGAUCCUAAGUCAAACGAUUACAAGGUUGUUCACAUUAGGAAGCCUGGUGAGGAAGAAUAUGGUAAUGGUCAUCUCCUUAAUAAUCCUGCAAAUGUCCAAGUAUACACCUUAGGUACUAACUCUUCGAGAGAGAUCAAGACCGGCUCCUUGGAAACAGAAACUACUAAUAUGUGGCCUGAAGAAUACGAUAUGUACUACAAGGGAUUUUGUUAUUGGAGAGGAAGGGAGCAACUAAAGGAAUUCGACAAUUUUUGUGACAGAAAUGAGGAGGAAUAUGUCAGGCAAUUAAUCAUUUCGUUUGAUACGGUUGAUGAUGUAUUUCAUUAUAUAUUGUUUCCAGAUAGUUUAUAUAAGUCACCUGUGUGUUGGUAUUAUAACAUGAACGUUAUAGUUUGGAAUGAAUCCGUUGCUCUUCUAGGCAUGGACUACGGUAAAUUCCGAGAUUGUUCACGGGUAUUGUGGGUUUUGGAAGACGUUGGUGGAAGAGCUGAAAGCUCCUGGAUAAAGCUAUUCACCUUUGGGACAACGGUGAUACACGAUAAACCAUUGCAAUUUCGAAAUAGGGAUGAGCUUCUUUUGGUUUCCGAAGGCCGUUUAGUCUCCUGCAAUAUCAUUACUGGAAAGCUUAAGCAUCUCCCCGUUCCAAACAUGGAUUAUGAUAAUUUGGAAGUUGUUGCUUAUGUUAAUAGUUUAGUCCCGAUUUGGGGACGCUAG